GCUGUCCCGCCUUAUAGGUUAACACCAGCUAAGAAGGAGGUCAUGAAAGCUGAAGUUGAUAGGAUGUUGGCUGAGGAUGUUAUAGAGGAGUGUGAGUCUGCUUGGGGAUCUCCGGCCUUGUUUGUACCCAAAUCAAACGGAAAGGUCCGUUUCUGUGUAGACUACAGAAGACUCAAUGCGGUGACUAAGACCGAUGCCUAUCCUAUGCCUUUGAUAGACGAGCUUUUUCAGUCUACUAAAAAGAACUGUUACAUGAGUUCUUUAGAUAUGCGUAGUAGUUAUUGGUAUGUCUCCGUACGCGAACAAGAUAGAGACAAAAUCGCCUUUGUAACGCCGUUUGGAACGUAUCGUUUUAAGCGCAUGCAUUUUGGGUUAAAGAAUGCGCCUUCCACCUUCCAAAGGUUGAUCGAUAGGCUUCGUUUUAGCGCUUCUUUAAUGGAUGUUACGAUACUGGCGUAUUUAGACGAUAUUUUGGUCCUAACAGAAGGAUCUUUUGAGAAACACGUUGCAGAUUUGCACGCUGUCUUCGAGAGACUGCGUUUCUUCAAAUUACGUGCUAAUAGAGAUAAGUGCAUGUUGGUUCGUGAUAAAAUUAAGUACCUUGGUCACGUGAUUACACGCGAUGGUAUAGCUCCCGAUGAGGAAAAGGUUAGUGCGGUUCUAAAUAUGAAAAGACCUUCGUCAUUACAACAUCUUAGAACGUUCAUCGAAACCUGUUCCUGGUUCAGGAAGUUUAUUCCCACCUUUUCUGCGGUUGCUGAACCGUUGACACGUCUGACGAAAAAGUGUCAAUCCUGGUCUUGGGGAGCUGAUCAACAACAUGCAUUUCAAGAGUUAAAGAAUCGUUUGUCGUCUGCGCCUAUUCUAAUUCAGGCAGAUUAUAGCAAGCAUUUUAUAUUGAGGACCGAUGCUAGCAAUUAUGCCUUGGGUGCGGUCUUAUUACAGGGCGAAGAAAAGAACGAGCGGCCGAUUGAAUACGCCAGCCGUCUUCUUACACCUGCCGAGAGAAACUACAGUACAACCGAGCGGGAGGCUCUGGCGGUUGUAUGGGCUGUAGAGCGUUUCAGAGGCUACAUCGAAGGACAUGAAAUUAUAUUAGGAAGUGAUCAUCAACCAUUAAAAUGGUUACUUACCUUGAAAUCGCCAUCUGGUAGAUUAGUUAGAUGGGCAUUAAAAUUACAAGCUUAUAAUAUUCAGUUUCAGUAUACUCCAGGAAAGGCGAACGUAGUUGCUGAUGCACUCAGUCGUCCAAUCUGUGAAGAAAAUGAUAAGAAUCAGUGUGGUCGAAUUGGAAGAUACAUCAGAUUUAGAAUCAAUAGGUGCAAAAAGAUGGUCUGAACGUGGAUAUUUUAUGCAACAAGGAGUCUUAUAUAGGUAUAACCCUGAUUCGGAUAGACACAGUUAGUUGUUCCUUCGUCUUUACGUACAGAAAUAAUAAAAGAGUGUCAUGAUGGGGCCACAGCUGGCUACCAUGGGGUUGAUAGGACUUAUAAUAAAGUCACUCAUCAUUUCUUUUUUCCAGAUUUGUUUGGUCCACUUCCCAUGGGUAAAAAUGGGGAACGCUGGGUUUUAAUUGUUGAGGACACGGCGACACGCUGGGUUGAGCUUUAUACCCUCCAAGAAGCAACGUCGGAGAUUACUCCGUACUUGCAACGGUUUAUUGAUUCACUCAUAGCAGUUAAAGAACGCGCCGAAGUUCAACAGGACCGUCGCAAAGAGAUUGCGGACAAGUCAAGGAGUCCUGCAGAGUCGUUUGAUGUAGGCGAUCAAGUUUUAUUGAAAACACAUGUUUUAAGUAAUGCAGAUAAAAAGUUAUCUUCUAAGUUUAUACCGAAAAGAGAUGGGCCUUACAUGAUAGUUAAUAAAGCUAGUCCUACUGCCUAUGUUAUUGCUAAUAUAGAAAACCCUAAUGAAAUUUUAGCGGCAAAAACUAACACAUUAAAUAGAAAAAAAAUACCUAUUGCUACUGUUGUCAUAUAUCAUAUAACAGGAACAGAAAAGACAAGAAGUGUGAGAAAUAAUUUCAAGAUGUUCUCCCGUGCUUUAAAACCUGUUGCGGUUGCUGCAGCCCAAAAUGGAGCCAAAAAUUUUUCCACCAGCAGUCAGAUGAAUUACAAAGUGGUAGUAGCUGGUGCAGCUGGUGGAAUUGGCCAGCCCCUGGCUUUGCUCCUCAAGCAGAAUCCGCUGGUCACUAGGUUGGCCCUCUACGAUAUUGCGCCAGUCACCCCCGGCGUCGCAGUUGACUUAUCUCACAUGGACACCCCAGCCAAGGUCACGGGCUACAAGGGUCCAGAAGAGCUGCCAGCUGCCAUCAAAGAUGCCGAUGUUGUAGUGAUCCCAGCGGGAGUUCCCCGUAAGCCGGGCAUGACUCGCGACGACCUUUUCAACACGAAUGCCUCCAUCGUCCGCGACCUCGCCUGCUGUGUCGCUCAGAACGCACCCAAAGCCAUCAUGGCCAUCAUCACAAACCCCGUCAAUUCCAUGGUACCCAUCGCUUCAGAAAUCAUGAAGAAGGCGGGUGUUUACGACCCAGCCCGCAUCCUAGGCGUCACCACUUUGGACGUUGUGCGCGCCGCUGCCUUCAUCGGCGACAUCAACGGCGUGGACCCUUGCUGCGUCACCAUCCCCGUCAUAGGAGGACAUUCGGGUGUCACCAUCAUACCCUUGUUGAGCCAAAGUCAGCCUGCUGUCAAGCUGUCGGACCAGGAGAAGAUUAAGGCACUCACUCAGAGGAUACAGGAGGCUGGUACCGAGGUGGUGAAAGCGAAGGCUGGCGGCGGUUCCGCCACUUUGUCGAUGGCGUAUGCUGGCGCCCGCCUCGCCGGCUCCGUGCUGCGAGGACUCAAGGGUGAGAGCAACGUUGUGGAAUGCGCUUACAUUAAGUCUGACUUGACCGAGGCACCUUACUUCGCCAACCCCGUAGUGUUGGGCCCCAAUGGUGUGGCCAAGAACCUUGGCUACGGAACCCUCAAUGCUUACGAGCAAGAACUGCUCAAGGCAGCCAUCCCCGAACUACUCAAGAACAUCAAGACCGGUGUCGAUUUCGCCAACAAGUGUUAG